ACCAAAGUCCUUUCCCUUUGCCUCUUGGUCAUGAAGACAUUGUUGAGAAGGUACCGAAAGCUUUUAAGGAGCAGACUUAGAUCAAAGAAUCAAAGGGUGUAUUGAGGAGUUAGGCUUUCCAACUUUAGAGUCUGUUUUAUUUCAUGAUGCAAUUCCUCCUCAAGCACAAGAAAAAUUGUGUAGAUCAUAACUCUGACUUUGAAGAAACAAGUGUCUGUUUUUACUUCCCAAAAAGACAGAAGUUGGAAAGGCGAAGGAUUUACAGAACUAAGCCCCCCCACGUCCAGCUCAGGAAACUCCAGGCCCUCUGCUCUUCCUCUGCAGUGACGGUAGUUAAUCACACUCACUGCACUGUAAUGGACUUCACAGUCACUGACGCCUCGGCCCCUUCCUCCUCCUUCUCCUCCUCCUCCUCGUCCUCAUCCUCCUCCUCCUCCGAUCUGCUCUCUUCUGUCAGAGUGAUGUAGGGUCACGAGAAUAGGGAAACACCUUCCAAGGAGAAAACACACAUGCACUUUCACAAUAUACACACACACACAUGCCGAGCUCCUCGCUGAGUGUUGAGUGGUGACAUAUGGCACAUACUGCAUGAGGCGAACUUGGAUUGCAACAUUUCUCCAAUCUGAAGUUUUCAAAAGGCUUGUAGGAGAGAGAAAUGGACCCUCAAUCCUCCACUCCUGACUGGUCCUGAAGACACUGGCAAACCAGAGAGGAAGCAGAGGAGAAAUCUGCGAGAAAUAGUGAAGGGGAAAGAACAGUCAAAGAAUUCCCCGUCACCUGAUUUGUGGAGCUUUAACAUGGGAUGAGCUCCUGACAUUAGUGACUUAAGUACCUCUCUAAAGGAACUUCCUGUUUAUGGCCAGCUGUGCCCGACUGUAUCCUGACUGAGAGCCCGACCAGAUCCUGGCUUCUGAGAUCUGACCUCUAACCCUGGAGGGGCCGGGGGGUCGACAGGGUGAAAAUGCGGUACACAACCCUCUUGGCCCUGCUGACAGGGGUCAUGCUGUACCUGGUGAUGGGAGCGCUUGUUUUCCGCACCCUGGAGUUCCCCAAGGAGAGCUCAGCGUUCGAAGACCUGCUCAAAGCCAAGCAAAACUUCCUUGGUAAUAACUCCUGUGUCACAGAGCUGGACUUCCACAAUCUCUUGAAGGAAGUGGUGUCUGCGGUGGACGCAGGCCUGGAUGUGAGCAGCCUCCCUGCCAACUUCACCAGCCGCUGGGACCUGGCCUCUGCCUUCUUCUUCUGUGGUACCAUCAUUACCACCAUAGGCUUUGGGAACCUGUCUCCUCGGACAUGGUAUGGCCAGCUGUUCUGCGUGUGCUACGCCCUGGUGGGCAUCCCCAUGUUUGGCAUACUGCUAGCUGGAGUGGGUGACCACAUGGGCACAGUGCUUCGGAGAGCUGUGGCCAAGAUUGAGACCCUCUUCCUGGUGAGAAUGAAACGUAAGGUCAGGCCAACCACUGUGCGUGUGAUUUCAGCGGUUCUCUCCAUCCUGAUUGGUUGUCUUAUCUUCCUUGCCGUGCCGACAGUCGUGUUUCAGAAAAUGGAGGAGUGGUCGUUUCUGGAGUCACUCUACUUUGUGGUCAUCACUCUCACCACUGUUGGCUUUGGAGACUUCGUACCAGUUGGUGGUCCUGAGAGUGGCUCGUUCCUCAAGCCUCUGGUGUGGUUGUGGAUAGUGUUUGGUCUUGCCUACUUUGCCUCCAUCCUUACCAUGAUAGGCAACUGGCUGAGGGUGCUGUCUAAGAGGACCCGUGCUGAGAUGGAGGAGUUGAGGGCCCACGCCACAGACUGGACCCAGAACAUCCAGAACAUGUCCAUGGAUUUCCGGAUCCCAAACCCUCUGGAGUUCAACGACCCUUUCCUCCUGCAGCGCCGGCGCUGGAAACGCAGUGAGCGCCGUCGCAUCCGUCGGGGUGCCCAGUAUACUUUGGGACACUGGGUUCGAGGGGGAUCUGAGAAUGGACACCUGCCGAACCGCUGGCCCGGUCUCUCCAGCUCCAUGAGCCAGCUGGAGGCCCAUUCGUCUCUCGAGAGGGCGGAGGUGGCUAAGCCCAGGCCACGGGUCAGCGUUGCUGGGCCCGGAUUGAGGGUUAACCCUGAUGUGAGUCUGCAGGUGGAGGGCAGGUCCUUUCCUCACCUGCUGGCCCGCUCAUUCUCCCUCCCUGUGGCCCGCUCCACCUUGGAGCUGGACUCGGCAGGUGCAGCCAUGCAGGGAGAAUCUUUCUCUGGAUCCGAGUCUCCUUAUGACUCCAGAUCAGAGGGCUCCUCGGUCUCCUCGUCCUUCAUGGCGCUGCACCAGUUCCAGCACUACUGUGCCAUCAGCACCAUGGAGAGAGGAGGAACGAGAGCCGCAGACAUGGGCACAGCACAAGAGAAAGACAAACUGAUUCCAGCAGAGAAAUAUGGAUCUGUAGCAACCAAUAACCACAAACAUACACCUGCCCCUGGCUUUUGCACAGACACCUCCCCUCCUGCCCCACUUUUCCCUCCUUCCUUCCCCCCAAUCCUCCUUCCCUCCCCUCCCCUCAACACUGCCUCCUCAGCCAGCUGCCAGCUGCUGGAUUUCUUCGGGGAGAACCUGGCGUACAUCGACGAGUCCUCAGACACGCUGAGUGACCGUGCCCAGCCAGCAGCGAGCGAGGAGAAGAGGAGACGGCCACGAAAGCCCAAGAGGAGGAGCAUGAGGAGGCAGCUGUCACACAGGUGGAGCCCUCUGCGGGUGAGGAGGCUCAACAGUGACAUACAGCCACCAUCCAAUCCCCCUACACCACCUCCAGACUCUUCUCUUUCAGACCUACCCCAACCAGAGAAGCAGACAAAUUCAGCUCCUGCACUCUGACGACCGCCACACUCGCAACAUGGUGCCAAUGUCGAGACGUGACAAAAUGUAAAUAGUCCAAAACAAGACUGUGGGUUUACAGCACACCUGACACUCCUACCCACACACAACAUGCAUAGCAUAUCCGAAUCUCACUUUACAAGUCAGGUAUUUAUGGUUAGCCUUGCAAAGUCAGCCCACGAAUGUUGCUUUGUUACUUUGUGAUCUGGCAAAGCUCAAUAGACGUUUGCUCAGGUCAGGAAUCCCUUUAAAUAGACUGUGCAACAGAUGAUUUACAACGGCUUUCCUUCACAGAGACAACAACAUGAACAAAGCAUUUGUGACUCAAUAAAUGUUCUAUCAGCUAGUCUGUCCUGAGACAAAUAUGCCUUUCAAAUAAAGGAAUUAUAUUUUAUUUUGAAAUCGACCCCACCUGGUCAGGAACUUUAGAGGUUUCAGUAUUCAGUGAGUCACAUCAUUAUCCAGACAUCAUUAUACAUAAUUAACUUCUUUGUUGAUCUGGCUUUCAGUCACUGAGCUCAGUUGAUUCUCGGCAGACGUAUUCAUCAGUAAAUGUCAGAUUUAAGCUGGCUUUGUGAGGCUAACUUUUAGCGACUGACUAAUAGCUUUAAAUUGAGCGCAGGGCUUCCCACAGUGUUUUUCAGCUGAGGUGGGCCUCCUCGCUUGAAACAACACCACUUCUGCUAAUGUCAGAAAAAUUAAUGCACUUUUAGGAAAUAUAAAAUUAAAAGGGAAAAAGAACAGGGAAAGAGUAAAAGAAUGACUUUAUACAGCAAAUGCCAUAUAUAUUAAUAAGUGCAACUGUUGUUUAGGCCGUCAUCAACUAACUAAACUGAUCGUAAGCCUCGAUGCGUCAGGUUCUGGGUGGCUUACCACCUUGGCUAAAAAAAUUCCCGGGGGAAAACCCUGCAGUGGGUGGAGGAACUGAACCAAAACAACAGUACAUCAGUAUCAAAGCACAACAGGGCCAUUAUUCACCCUCAGACCAGUGUCUGUUGUCUGUGUAAUGCCGUCAAACAAGUCCUGCCUUGAAAACUCAAGAUUGAAACUGUCCAUUUGUUUGAGGGAUAAAACAGGCGGCGAACUACUUCCCUUAAAGGUUCUUUGAUCUGCUGCUUCAUGAAAUGUCUCUUGAAUGUUUUAAGUGUUAAAAAGGGUAAAAAAAAAUAAUCAGUCAGACCAAGUUACAGUCCACUGCUUUGUGUUGAAACGUUUGUGAUCCUUACACCAUGAAGAGCAUCUUUGUGUGCUCACUUUGGAUAUAAGUGGUCAGAGCUUUUAAAGCAAUGCUAAGGUUAUAUUUAUGUUUGUGGUGUUUAACAUCUGUACGAUCAAAUGUCCUUCAGUCAUUGUUGGCAAGAUUCUGCUUGUGACCACGUUUUCUCUUGGCUGACACAGUUUUUAAUGGGUUUUUAUCAUUUUUAAAGACUUGACCUCUUUGCCACAUAAAUAACCAUGCAGGUUUGUAAACAUCUGUACACGCUUUUCAAGUGCUGUUUGUUCUCAGCUGAACUCUAGUUCCUCAUAUUGUCUUACAGUGACACAUUGUGGUGAUGAUUAUCAGACCUCUUAACACACACUGAUAUUUGACACUAACAUGGCUCGUCUGUGCAGAUGCCUGUUAAAAAAAAAAUCAUUAUAACUGUUUUCUUAAAGGUUCCAUGUGGAGUUUUUAAAGGUUAUUUUAUUUAUUGAAUUUUUUUCUAAUGAGUGGGUCCGUCUUACUUUGCACUUGAUGACACAAUACACAUCCAGCCAAUGACUUCAUACUAUUCCACUGAUCAACAGGUCACAGCUCAUCACGUGAAAGAAGCACUCUAAUGCGCCGAUAGAGGCGGCGAAGAAGACUGCAAGCUACUAAACCUGCAUGUAAACAAUGCAGAUGUCAAACAUUUAAGAGAAAAACAAGCUUUGCAAAUGUUUUACGAGGGAGGUUUGUUAGACUUCAGGGAUACACACAAUGCCAUUUGGUGCGUAACAGUGAAGGUAAACAAAAACUUUUGCCUGGAAGAAAACUCCGCAGGGCACCUUUAAGUUGUACAAAGCCUGUAGCGCCUAUGAAGUGAUGCUGGGUAUUUUUAAGUGUGUUCACACUGGAAAAAGUGACAGAAUUUCGUACAUGCAAAACAGUGAUGGUGGGACAGUUCCAGAAAGAUCUUUGAAGACACAUUUCUCUUUGUAAACUUCAACUGGCAUUUACAUUUUGAAAAUGCAUUUUGAUUGAUGUAUUGUUUCCUUAGUAUAUAAUGGUAAAGUAUGUUAAUUUCUUAAUAAUAACCCAAAUAAGAGUAAAGUUUAGUUUAUAGUACACACUGUAUACAGAUAGUAUAAAGCAUAAAAUUGGGACACAGUCUGUUAUUCCUAAACCUCUGUAAACCACUGGAGAGCGGUGGAUGUGAAAUGACCUGAUUCCUGAACUCUGAAAGCCCUGGAUGAACCCAGCUCUUGGUUACUCAGAACCAGGAGUUACUACAUGAGGCUGUCGUGGCAUUAUGCCCUCUGCCAACGCCAAAAUAAGUAACUGACUGAAUCCACACUCAAAUUCAGGCUCCCAUAUAUUUUGUAAUUUGUUGACAGAGGGCUGGAAAGAGAAGGAUAUUCACAUGGUACUGUACUGGUGAGCUGACCAUGGUCCAUCAACUAUAUUGUCAUUAUGAGUCUGAUCCCUGACCCACAUGAAGGAUGUUUUUUCCUCUUUCUCUACGUUUCUUUUAAUCCUUCUUUGUAAGCAAUAAAAAAAGAAGGUGGAGAGUCAGGAUAUUUGAAUUGUGUCUCGCUGAUGACUCAUCAGUUUCAGACUAAAAAUGUUGCCUUAAACUCUAAACUAAAAUUUCAGACAGGGCACACGGUUAAGUGUAACUUAAAUCGACAGCCAGUGUGGCGCAAAAUAAUUUACACAUGUACAACAGUUAGAGUGGAAUUUGCAGACUUCUUACAUCUGUUUGCUAAAUGUGUCUUACUACUUAAUGCCUUACUACAACUUUCACAUUUGCUUUGCUAAUCCAAGUAAUAAAUUGAAAAGUGAAUUUAAA